AAAAAAAAACUGCAGAAAUUUGAAGAAGAUAAUUAAUAAUAAUAAUAAUAAUGGAAGAUAUGAUGGAUCUCUUCCAUUUGUCUUCGUCUUCGACUUUGGUGAUGCUCUUGAAGUCGUCGUCGUAGUCGUCUUCUUCGACUUUCGUCAUUCAGGAAUCAAACACAUAAUAAUAAUUUCUGAUUUUGAUAUCUUGAAGAACAAAACCAAUCUUUUUUUUUCGUUGCUUCCUCUUGCAAGCGGUUUCGACCCUCCUUGGCCUGUUAACUAAGUCAGCAAUCUGUAAAAUUUUCGAAAGGCACGAGUUUUGUACAAUUGGGACUUUUGGGGUCUUUUAAGAUACAAGAUACAAGCCAAGAUGAAGGCCAAUGCAGCGCAAGUAAAAGGAAGAGGAUCCGUUAGGAUAAGUGCACAGCAAGUGGUUUUUGAGCUCAAACACAAAGUGGUUAUUGCUCUGAACAAGCUAGCGGAUCGAGAUACUUACCAGGUUGGGGCGGAUGAGCUUGACAAGACGGCAGAGUGCUUAACUCCUGAUGGUAUUGCCCCGUUUUUGUCGUGUAUAUUGGACACAGACUCGGAGCAAAAGAGUGCAGUUCGAAAGGAAUGCAUUAGACUGAUGGGCUCGCUUGUAAGGUAUCAUGAGGGGCUGAUGGCGCCGCAUCUCAGUAAGAUGGUUGUUAGCAUUGUCAAGCGGCUCAAAGAUCCGGACUCCAUUGUGAGGGAUACCUGUGUGGAAACUAUGGGAGUUCUGGCUUCAAAAUUGAGUAGUGGAGAAGGUGAGAGUGACAGGAUCUUUGUUACGCUAGUGAGACCGCUUUUCGAAGCAUUAGGUGAACAAAACAAGCAUGUGCAAGCGGGUUCAGCAUUGUGCUUGGCAAGGGUUAUUGACAAUACUCAUGAUCCCCCAGUUUCGCUUUUGCAAAGGAUUUUGGUUCGAACCACCAAGUUGCUUAAGAAUCAGCAUUUUAUGGCAAAACCAGCAAUUAUCGAGUUGAAUAGAAGUAUUAUCCAGGCCGGGGGAGCCCCAACACAAAACACUCUAUCUGCUGCAAUGUCUAGCAUUCAAGAAUCUCUUAAAAACAGUGACUGGUCAACACGUAAAGCGGCUUCUAUGGCAUUAGGGGAGAUAGCUUCAAGCGGGGGAUCCCUCUUAGGAUCAUGCAAGGCAUCCUGCAUCCGAUCCCUUGAAUCGUGUCGCUUCGACAAGGUGAAGCCCGUCAGAGACACUGUAUUGCAUUCGCUACAGUGCUGGAGAACUCUUCCAGGACCUGAUACUCCAGAACCCUCAGAAGCGGGUUCUUCUAUUAAAGAAAAUUUCUGUGGGGGUGACUAUAAUGAUCUGACAAGUGCAAGCGAAUCUGGAUGGAAAGAUGUUGCAUUUAAGAAAGUCAGUACGAGUUUCACCAAGGGAAGGAUUCCUUUGUCUGUCAGAAAGAAAAGUCAAAAUCAUGUUGAAAAUCCUCAACAAUCCAAGGAAGAUGAUUGGCGCAUUGAAAUUGCUCUCCCAAAAACUCAUACUAUCUCAUUAGCGGAACUUAACAAUGAAGAAUCCGAGGGUAGCUCUGUCACCAAGACUUUUGAAAGAAUGAGUACUGAUAUCACAAGCAUGAAGGACAUUGGAUAUCAAUAUGUCCAUUUAGAUGACAAACAAGAGUGUUCUUCUGUGUCCAAUAUUGUCAACGGUAACUUUGAGACCAAACAUGUGAAAGUUACUCAUGAGGAUCUUGACCAAGGUGGCUUGCUGAAGGCAAUGGAAGGAGAUCAGCGGUUUGCAUCUGAAGAGAUUUGUAGCGAGGAACAAAUGUACUCCAGAAAGAUUCAUGACCGGACGAGCCUCGAUUCAACUGUAUCAGAGGCUGUUUUCCCAGGUUCACAUGGAUGUUGUUCGCAAAUCACAAAUGAAAUGGUUUGCAUCCGAAAGCAACUUUUGCAGAUCGAGGACAAACAGUCAAAUUUAGUGGAUCUUUUGCAGGUGUUUACAACUGGAAUAAUGGAUAGUUUGUCUGUUUUACAAUCAAGGGUGGUACGUUUAGAAGAUGUAGUGGAUAGGAUAGCUGAGGACCUUGUUGUACACCGGGAGGAACGUUCGAGUUUAGCAACCUCCAAGUUGUUGAAGCAAAACCAAUUCUUGAAUUCACCAAGAUUCUCUACAUGCACUCCUAGGCCAUCUAUAGAUAUCCGCAAUAGGCAGCCUUCAUUUUUGUCUUCGAAGAGUAAUGAAACUUGGGAGGUAAAUGCACUGGAGAGAAGCCUAGAAAACACUAAACAGGGUACAGAGAUGUGGGCUAAUAGUAAGAUGAAAAUCACUAGGAACCCAACGGGGGUGGACAACAAGAAAAAUCCGAGGCAGGUGACACGGAGGAUUGGUUGUGGUCAAGUAAGGAGUGAUCCUAUUUUUGGUUCAGCGUCUAGUAGUAUAACAGCCAGAAAAAGUAGCUUUGAAAGUAAAAAUAACAUGUGGAAACGUGUGAAAGGUUUUCUAUGUGAAGGGGACCUCGACUCUGCGUAUGGUGAAGCUCUUUGUUCGGGUGACGAGCUUGUUCUGAUGGAACUUUUUGAUAGAACUGGUCCGGUUCUAGAGUGUUUGUCAUCCAAGACUGCAGGCGAUAUUCUCAGUAUUUUGGCUUCAUAUCUUCGAGAACAGAAAUUUACAACUUCCAUACUCCCUUGGUUGCAGCAGGUUGUCGACUUGAGCACAGUUCAUGGACCGAACUGCCUUGUCCUGACGGCAAAAGCAAGGCAAAAGCUGUUAUCUGCGAUUCAGGAGGCUGUGAACAUGGACUUUUCUAGUCCUUUGGAGAAAAGAUCCGUCAGUCAAAUAGCAGUGAAGUUGCACCACAUAUGGGGAAAAUGAUCCUGAUUAUCUUAUGAUGUUGGUGAUUCACAACUGUAUGUAGAUGAGGUUCAUUUUGUCAGCCAAUCAUCGGAUUCGCGAAGCGGCGAUUGGAGAGGAUCUCGUUUUUCAGAUUAAGCUUUUCCCGAGCCGUAAUGAUGAUUAACCAGUAGGCUGUAGCUGUUCUUAUUGUAAACAAGUCAGUUUGAGUGCAUUUCACGCCUCGUUCUUUGCUAUGUUGAAUUUGUACUUUGACUAAACUUUAGUUCCAACUUAGAGCUUUUCCAAAGACUACGCAUUUUAAAAAAAAAAAAAAAAAAAAAAAAAAAAAAGCAUGACAAUUGUUUGUUGUAACCACAUCUGUUUGUGUCAACCAAUAGCCUUUUCUUUUCUUUUUCUUUUCGUUU